AUGGGAAAAAAGCCCCACGUGGCUAUCAUCGGAGCCGGCUUCUCAGGACUGCGAUGCGCAGAUAUCCUUGCGCAAAAUGGUGCUCAAGUGACCAUCUUUGAGGCCAGAAACCGAGUCGGGGGCAGAGUCCACCAAAGCGAAGUAGGGAACCACCUGGUAGAUCUAGGGCCCAAUUGGAUCCAUGGCACCGGAAAGAAUCCAAUCGCAGACAUUGCAGCGUUGACAAAGACUACCAUCGCUGACCUUGAGGGAGAACAACAUGUGCUUUCCUCUGAUGGUAAACUUCUAGACCGUCAACUGGCUGCCAAAGUGUCCGAAUUCCUGUGGGAAACUAUCGGGGAAGCUUUUGAGUAUAGCAAUGCUCACAAGGAAACCAUUCCACCAAGCCGCAGUCUGUUAGAUUUUCUCAAGGAGCGAAUUGAGACGACAAGUCUCACGCCCCUGGAAAAAGAGCUAUGUAUAGAAUCAAGCAGGCUGUGGGGAGCAUACGUCGGAGAUCCCAUCGAAAAACAAAGCCUAAAAUUCUUUUGUCUCGAAGAGUGUAUAGACGGCAAUAACUAUUUUGUGGCAUCUACUUAUAAUGCUAUCCUGCAGCAUGUUUCCAAGGCAGCCAUUGAGAAGGCCGAUAUUCGUUUCAACCAACCCAUAGUUAAAAUCGAUUCGAAAGUUCGAGAUGACGCAAAGACGCCUGGUGAAAUCGCCCUGACCACUGCAGCCGGUGAGACUUUCCAAUUCGACGAGGUGGUGGUUACUUGUCCCCUCGGCUGGUUGAAGCGCAAUCAAGCGGCUUUCACCCCGGAGCUGCCGGCACGACUUACCCAGGCCAUCAACAAUACCUCGUACGGUCGACUGGAGAAAGUAUACGUCACCUUCCCAGAGGCAUUCUGGCACAAACACACAGAAGACCACUCCUCCAACACGUCUUCCACCACCACCAAACCCAAUGGGACCCCGUCCAGCCUGAACAACACCCACGAACCACCCACCUUCAUCCAGUUCCUCGACCCAACCUACACCAACCACCCAGAUAACAUCAUCUGGAACCAAGAAUGCGUCUCGCUAGCCUCUCUCCCUACCCACUGCGCCCAGCCCACCCUCCUCUUCUACACCUACGGGCCCUGCGCCACCCACAUCGUCUCCGCCCUGAAAGACAUCCCACCCUCCUCCCCAGCAUACAACACCUACCUGGACACCUUCCUGCGUCCGUUCUACUCACGUCUCCCGGGCUUCGACCCCGUAAGCUGCAAACCACUCGCCUUCCUCGCAACGCAGUGGCAAAACGACCCGUACGCGGGCCACGGCUCGUACUGCAACUUCCAAAGCGGGCUGGAGCACGGCGAUCGCGACAUCGAGGUGCUGCGGGCGGGCGUGGGCAUGGACCGCGGCGUCUGGUUUGCCGGCGAGCAUACGGCGCCGUUCGUGGCGCUGGGGACGACGACGGGCGCGUACUGGAGUGGCGAGCGCGCGGCGGCGAAGGUUUGUGCGCUUUACGGGCUGGGCACUGUCGGGGUGGGGGUGGAGAGGGAUGAUUCUUUGCCGUCGGCGAUGGGGAAGGGCGUGGAUGGUGGUUGA